GCGUAUAUUCUGCAACUAGACUGCUUUCCCAGUUCGAAAACACAUGGCAAAUUGCAUUGCUCUUGUUUUAAUUUUCAGGGGUCGUUGAAAAUGCUGGAAUAAAUAGGAGUCCAAGUGCAUAUCUACUUAACCCAGCGGAAGAGAGAGCACGAUAUCCAGCCAAUGUUGACAAAGAAAUGACCCUUUUGAAGUUUGUAGAUAGUGCUAGUGGUAAGAGCAUUGGAGCAUUCAGCUGGUACGCCACUCAUGGAACCUCAAUGUCUAGAGACAAUAAACUCAUCAGUGGAGACAACAAGGGUGCUGCCGCUAGGUUUUUUGAGGACUGGUUCACUUCCACCGAAGCCAACUCAUCACGUAGUGUGCCCACGCCUUCAAAUAUAAGCAAAUUGAUCAAGAAAGUGCGAUCCAUCAAGGCUACGGGAGGAAAACCAUGCGAUAAUUCAACUAGCCGAAGCUUCAAGGCGAGGAAAAGUGAUGGGUCGCAGUUUGUAGGGGCAUUUUGUCAAUCAAAUGUUGGAGACAUCAGCCCAAAUGUGCUAGGAGCAUUCUGUACUGAUAGUGGAAAACCUUGCGACUUUAACCACUCUUCAUGCCAUGGAGAUGUCACCCUCUGCAAAGGCCGUGGACCUGGAUACCCAGAUGAUAUACUGAGCACAAAGAUCAUUGGAGAGAGGCAGUUCAACAAGGCUGUUGAUCUGUUCAUGUCUGCCACCAAGGAAUUGACUGGAAAGGUCGACUAUCGCCAUGUGUACCAAAACUUUAGUGAAAUAGAAGUGGAGCUAAGUGGAAAGACAAAGGUUAGGACAUGUCCUGCAGCCCUUGGUCCAGGUUUUGCCGCUGGAACCACAGAUGGGCCUGGCAUGUUCGGGUUUCAGCAGGGUGAUACAGAGAUCAACGAGCUUUGGAAAAAAGUGAGGGACCUCUUAAAAGAACCAAGCCAAUUCCAGGUGGAAUGCCAAAAGCCCAAGGCUGUUUUACUAUCCUCGGGAGAAAUGUUUGAACCUUAUGCGUGGACGCCAGAAAUUCUUCCUAUUCAAAUUCUUAGGCUGGGAAAAUUGAUCAUACUUUCGGUUCCAGGAGAGCUCACGACAAUGGCUGGUCGUCGACUGAGGGAAGCAGUAAAGGAGACAUUGGUAAGUAAUGGAGGAGGAGAGUUUGACGAUGAGACCCACGUUGUAAUAGCUGGCCUGACAAACACUUACUCUCAGUAUGUUGCGACUUUUGAAGAAUACGAGCAACAAAGAUAUGAGGCGGCUUCAACACUAUAUGGUCCUCACACAUUAUCAGCAUACAUUCAAGAAUUCAACCACUUAGCACUGGCAAUGGCUAAGGGGAGGGGUGCCCUACAACCAGCAGACUGGUCACCGCCAGAUCUUUCCUCGAAAGUACUCAGACUCUUAGCUGAUCCAUUUCCAGACUCGCUCCCCAGGGGUAAAAAGUUUGGUGACAUUAAACAAGAUGUCAGUGAACCAAAAGGAGGUUCAUUCAAAAAGGGGGAUAAACCGAGCGCCACGUUUUGGAGUGCUAACGCGAGGAAUGAUCUAUUAACAGAAGGCACAUUUGCAGCCGUAGAGAUGCUCCGAGGACAACGAUGGAUUCCAGUUUAUGAUGAUGAUGAUUUCUGCUUGUAUUUCAAGUGGAAAUCGGACAAUAGCAGUCUCUACACUAGCUUAGCAACCAUCGAAUGGGAGGUGCCAGAGGAGGCUAGCUCUGGAGUUUAUCGGCUAAGGCAUUUUGGGUCAUCUAAGAAAGCACAACACUCCCCCAUUGAAUACUUCACCGGAGCAUCUAGUGCAUUUACGGUAUCAUAAUCGAGGAGAUUUGUAUUAAAUGUUCGUUGUUAUAAAAAAUAAAAAAGAGCUUCCCUGAA